CUGAGUGUUGCUAUCACCUUGCUGCCACUCAAAGAAGGGGUGACCCGCAUAGGCCGGGAAGACGCCCCCAUUCCUCAAGAUAUCACCAUCCAGGGGCCCGGAAUCGAGGCGGAACACUGCCUUAUCUUUAAUGAAGGUCAUUCCUCUUUUUGUUCUUAUGUGGUCUUCGAAUAUUCUGUUAAAAAAAGACUCUAAACGAGAAGGAAAUUAAAUACUUAGUAUAACAGGGGCAUGAGUUAAUUGCAUUUGACCAAGGGUGUCCAAAAUGUGGCCCCAGAGCCAUUUGCGGUCCGCAAAUGGUAUUCUAAAAAUACUUUUUUUUAAUAAAAAAAAAACAUGCAACUGGGAAUAGCUCGAUUGGCAACACUAAAUUGGCCCUGGUGUGUGAAUGUGAGUGUGAAUGUUGUCUGUCUAUCUGUGUUGGCCGUGCGAUGAGGUGGAGACUUGUCCAGGGUGUACCCCGCCUUCCGCCCAAAUGCAACUGAAAUAGGCUCCAGCCCCCUCCUCGACCCCGAGAGGGACAAUCGGUAGAAAAUGGAUGGAUGGAUAAAAAAGCUGGAUAAAAGAGCAAACAGGAGGGGUAGUGACUCUGGACCCCUGUGGUCACCUCUGUAGUCUGGAUGGAGUGCAGGUCACUGUGCCCACACCACUCACACAGGGUUAUUCCUUGUGUCUCGGUAAGUCCUACUUCUUCCGGUUCAACCAUCCUGAGGAGGCGAGCAGAAUGAAGAGCAUGCUUCCACAAAAGAGCCCAGUGUCUGCCUUAGCCUACAAUACAGAUUACCUGAAGUUCAGCAGCGAUUAUAACCAUGCUGUGGUGGGCGGCACCAGCAGCACGCGAGGCAUGCGCUCAGCCUCCGAGCUGCGGGAUUUGAUGGACACCCUGCAGCGCAAGAAAGCUGCUCUGGAAAACAGCCUGAGAGCCAACGGGAAUGUCAACCCGUCUUACUUCAGAGUGACACAGUCCCCGCCCCCCACACAUAUCACUUCCUCCUCCUCAUCAGCCUAUCAGGAACAAGCAAGACGUUUCCACAGUGCAGACCGUCCCCCAGUCCUAUUAAAAUCGGCUCCCCCUUCCUCCCCGUCCCGGCGUUCUGACCCUUCUUCUCUGGUCCCACGCACUUCUCGAAACCAGGACAGCUUGGGUAGUGGCGAUAGCCGCCGUCACCAUAACACUGGCUCUUCUCCACUGUUGUCAACAUGGAGUAGCAGGGGCUCGUCCACCUCAGUAAGCGCUGGUGAUAGCCUCCUCCUCACUCUUCCUCCUCCUCCUUCUUCAUCCCGCUCUCCAUCCGCGGGGGGCGCUGUCAGCAUGCCUUCGAGUCCCCGGCUUGGACGCCGGAGCUACGGCAAUCAAGAGGCAUCAACGAGCAGUCGAACGAGGAAAUACUCGUCCGGUUCUCUAAAUGGGUUGACCGGGGGCGGGCACAGCCGCUCACUGCCUCGCCUCUGCCCCUCACCGUCCCCCCGGGACAACAACAACGGCGUCCUGGCUUUAUCGACUCUGCAGCCGCAUCGUUCCGAUGCGUACAAAAUUAACAAAGACCACUACAACAACAACAACAGCUUUAACACCAGUCUUGACCUGAACCACAACUCCAGUAACUCAAACAUGCUGUCCUCAAAUAGGAAUCAAAUCCGCACCACAGCUAAAGGAGAAGGCAUGGUGUCCAUCUCCCUGUCCUCUCUUAAGAUGUCCUCUUGCACCAAGUCCACCUCCUCCACUGCAUCCCCGCCAGACGUUACCAUCCCAUCCAAGGCCGGGGGGUCCUCAUCCCCCCGCAUGGCUAAGAAGCUCAGCCUGACUUCCACAAGCUCAGUGAGUUCCGUCAGCUCCACAAGCCCCCUUGAAAUGGAGCUGUCUUCGGGGGAAUGGGAAAAAACUGGGACGGACCCGGAACCGACCAGCGUCCUAGGCUUUGGACGCACCGAAAAGAUGGCUUCAUUCGGAAAAGGAGGAGUGGCUCCACCUGGCGGAUUUCGGGAAAGGCGGGGUAGUAUCAGCUCACUGAGCGGCAAGGAGGAGCUGACUGACUACCACCAUCGUCAAAAAGAGGAGCGCCUCCGCGAGCAGGAGGUGGAGAGACUGGAACGACAGCGUCUCGAGACCAUCCUGUCCUUGUGCUCAGAGCUGGACCAGGAUGGAGGCGGCUCGGUUACAAAUCCGGCCUCUGCCGUGGCAGACCUCCAAAAGAUCAACCAGGAGCUUCAGAAGCUCCAGCUCAAUGAUGAUGACGACGACGACAUGCCUUCUGUCUUCUCGGACUCUUCCUUAGUUAAUGGCUCCGCUGGGAACGGACACGUAACAGAGAACGGCUUCUAUGACCGGGAUCUAUUGGUACGACAAAGGCGCAGCAGUGGUACCAGGGACAGCAGGGCAGAAUCGCCCGCUUUGAGUCUACGGAGCUACGCCUCAUCACCAUCACAACAGAGGUUAAACGAGGCACACGACGACGCAGUUCGCCGCCUCGCACAGGAUGCCAGGCCCUCCGAAGAGGAAAUGAGGCGCGUGGAGGAGGAGAGGAUCCAGGUCCUGAACAACAUGGAGGAGCUGGAGAAAAAGAUUAAAGAACUGGACAACCAGAUGGAGGAAUCUUCCCGAGAGGUGGAGGUCGAGCGAGCUCUGGUGGAGGCAGAGCAGGAGUCUGAGUUAGCAGCCCUCCAGCAGGAAAAAGACACCCUGGAAUCUCUUCACAGCAAAAUAGCAGGCAUGGAGGCCAAAUCUCAGCAGGAAAAAGAAAAGGCGUGUGAGUUGCUACAGGCAGAAAAGGGCAGAGUAGAGAGGUUGGCUCAGAUUGUGUGUGAGCAGCGCUCCCAGCUGGACAGCUGCCCCGAGGCCACCAAGGAGCCCCUGCAGGAGCAGCUUGCCAGGGACUUUGAGGCACUCGAGAUGGAGACAAAGCGCUUUGAGGACCUGGAGUUCCAGCAGCUAGAGAGAGAGAGCAGGCAGGACGAGGAGAAGGAGACGCAAACGCAACAGCUUCUCCGGGAGAUCGCCGACUACCAGCGGAGUACCGUCACUCGCAAGGAGCGACUGUUGACCCUUAAGAAGCAGGCAGCACAGAUUACCCAGCAGGCUGAGCGGGAGAAAGAAAGCUUCCUGAUGGAGAGGAGCACCCUGGAAGCCAUGCUGCAGAGGGAGAAAGAAAACCUUGCGCCGCUUGACCGGAAAUAUGCAGAUCUCACUGGUGGCCAAAGUUACACAUUAAGAGAGCAUUUUCGGCUGCUGGAGGAGAGGAAGCGAUCCGACAGAGAUGGUACUUCCCAUUUUAGCGACACGUUACCCAGAAAGAAAACAACUCCCGCCAUGACGCCCCAGUUUUCAUGUGCAACGCUUGGACGCAGUUUCCCAACAAAGCCCCACCCACCAUUGAUACAGAGCACAAGCUGUGGCAGCAUUCUUCCCAGAAUGCUUUCCUUAUCCAACAAGGAAACAGAAUGCCGACAUCUGAAAAAAGGUCAGCCCAGCUCCCGGGCGUCAUCUCAGACCAACGUCUACCUCGAUGCCUUUGGCUACCGUGACAACCAGGCGUUUGACACUAUGAGCAUGGACAGCACUGACUCCAUUGAGACCAGCAUCUCUGCAUGUUCUCCUGACAACGUCUCAAGUGCGAGUACUUCUAACGUGGCCAGGCUGGAGGAGAUGGAGCGUUUGCUGAGAGAAGCCCAUUUAGAGAAGAAUCAACUCCUUGAGCACAAGGAGAGAGAGGUGGAAAUGCGCAAACUGGCGCUGGAGGAGGAGAAGAAGAGACGGGAGGAGCUGGAGAAAAUGCUCCAGGAGGAGACAAGCAGGCGUCAGAAACUCAUCGACCGCGAGGUGAAACUACGAGAGAAACAGCGGGUGCAGUCCCGUCCACUUACCCGGUACCUGCCAGUGCGAAAGGAUGAUUUUGACUUGCGGUCUCACAUUGAGUCAGCGGGCCACAGCGCAGACACGUGCUUCCACUUGUCCAUCUCUGAGAAGACGUGCAGGGGCUACCUGGUCAAGAUGGGGGGCAAGAUCAAAACCUGGAAGAAGCGCUGGUUUGUCUUUGACCGCAACCGACGAACACUCUCCUACUUCUCAGACAAGCAUGAGGCCAAGCUGAAAGGAGUGAUCUACUUCCAAGCCAUAGAAGAAGUGUAUUACGACCACCUGAAGAAUGCACAUAAGAGCCCCAACCCCUCGCUCACAUUCAGCGUCAAGACUCACGACAGGGUCUACUACAUGGUGGCCCCCUCCCCUGAGGCCAUGAGGAUUUGGAUGGACGUGAUUGUUACAGGCGCUGAAGGGUACACACAGUUCAUGUUGUAGUUUAAAAAAAAAAACUUUUUAGUGGAAUAUCUAUCUUCUACGUGGACAAAUAGCCUUGAUGUACCAGUAUAAGACAUCUAUUUUUAACUUUUAACUUGCUUCAUUUUGCAAGACUAUACUACUACUGUCUACCUCCAUUUUCACAUGGCAGUAAAAUACUACAUUGACUUGGAAAAUAAGGAAUUGGUUAUUAGUCUUUUUGUGAGCACAAAAGCUAGGAUUUUGCUAAGAACAUCUUAUCUUGUUAUUUUUCUACUGGUACCCUCAGGUGUUAACUGUGUACAAUAAUGUGCGUCAUGUGUAUAUACUGUAUAUAAACGUGUGAAUUUAUGCACACAUGUGCUCUAAAGUGCCUCUAUGAGUGUAUGCCUGUGCGAAUUACUGUGAGCUUCUAAUGCAGCUCCAACGGUGCUUCUUUCUAGUAUUGAACAACACACGCAGUAUUCCACGAAGGAUAUAAAGCUCACCCUCACAUUUACAAUUUUGUUAUUUCUAAUCAUUUUAAUCAACUAGGAUGCUAUUUGUGCCUUGUUUAACACUCAUAUACGUGUAACAGUAUUUUUAUAUGCUUAUAUUUUUAAGUGCUAUUUGUUUCUAUAUACUCUCUGUAGUAUCGCCUGUGCUGAGAAAAUAGUGGCCUAUUACCAACCACUCAAAAGGCCAAACAUUUUUUUUAAAUGACGGUACGUGUGUAAUAUAAUAUAAAAACUGGUUUGUAUCUUGCUGAUUAUUGUGAAUUUGUUUUUUUGUUUUAUUAGCACUAAUUUAAUGUUUAUAUUUGUGCACUAUAGCAACAUUUAAUAGUUUCUUGCUUGUAAUAUUGUAUUGGUGCAUUCACAUCAACUUUUCUCAUGGAGUUCUUGACCAAAGUUUAUGUACGUAAAUAGUGCGUGAGGUUGCUUUUAAGUGUUUUUAUUGACUGCAAUAGGAUCCAAAUAUCAAUUUUUACACGUUCCAAGCACAUCUCAAUGUUCCUGUCAUUUUACCUUGUAAUUGCCAACAUGAUUGCAUGUAUGUUCAUUUUUAUAUCACGAUUCAAUUAAUAAACAUAUCUAUUAUUCUU